AUGGCGGAUAUAAAUGUAGAGCAGGUUCUCAAGAAGCUCUCUAUGAGCGACAAGGUUGAUCUUCUGGCAGGUAUCGACUUUUGGCAUACAAAAGGCCUCCCAGAACACGGUAUUCCUUCGUUGCGUUUAACUGACGGGCCCAAUGGUGUCCGUGGUACCAAGUUCUUUAAUGGUAUUAAAGCUGCUUGCUUUCCUUGUGGAACCGGAUUAGGUGCUACUUUCAAUCUUGAACUUCUAGAAGAAGCAGGAAGGAAAAUGGGAGAUGAGGCCAAGGUAAAGGGAGCACACGCAAUCUUAGGGCCUACUAUAAACAUGCAGCGAGGUCCUCUAGGUGGCCGAGGAUUUGAGUCGCUUGGCGAAGACCCUUUCCUAGCUGGGUUGGGUGCAGCUGCGCUCGUCAGGGGUAUCCAGUCAACCGGGAUCCAAGCUACUAUUAAGCAUUUCGUCUGUAACGACCACGAACACAAACGAAAUGCUGUUCAAGCAAUCAUCACAGAACGAGCACUGCGUGAGAUUUAUGCGCUGCCGUUCCAACUAGUCGUUCGCGAUUCCAAUCCGGCGUCGUUUAUGACAGGUUAUAAUGGAGUUAACGGGACGUACUGUAGCGAGAACCCCAAGCUUUUGGACCAGAUGCUACGUGGGGAAUGGGGUUGGGAUGGAAUGAUCAUGAGUGACUGGUACGGCACAUACAGCACUACAGAGGCGGCCAUAGCUGGUCUUGAUCUUGAGAUGCCUGGUCCGCCACGGUUUAGGGGCGAGCCGUUGAAGUUUAAUGUCUCAACCGACAAAGUUCGCACCCAUAUCCUAGAUCAAAGAGUGAAGGCUAUGUUGGAAUUUAUCAAAAAGUGCGCGGCUAGUGGCGUGAAAGAGAACGCCCCUGAAGGUACAGCUGAUACCCCUGAAACAGCUGAGCUUCUUCGACGGAUAGGCAAUGAGGGUAUUGUUUUAUUGAAGAACGAGAAAGAUAUCCUUCCCCUUAAAAAGGAUAAGAAGACCGUAAUUAUUGGACCAAACGCCAAGGUUGCAACAUAUCACGGAGGAGGAUCCGCGUCUUUGGCUGCAUACUAUGCCGUGACUCCAUUCGACGGUAUGAGUAACAAGUUGUCUUCGCCUCCGGAUUAUACAAUAGGCCAAUACUCACACAAGUUGUUACCACUGCUCGGUUAUUCAACUAAGUCAGGCCAGGGUGCACAGGGAAUGACCAUGAAGGUUUACACAGAGGGACACGAUAUUCUGGAUAGACAACCAGUUGACCAACUAGAGCUUCUUAAGACGGAGAUGCUACUAAUUGACUACUCGAAUCCGAACGUGAAAGGUCCUCUCUGGUACGCAACUCUUGAGGGAUCGUUAGUUGCUGAGGAAGACGCGACCUGGGAAUUCGGCGUUGUUGUGUCCGGAUCGGCAAAUCUUUAUAUUAAUGACGAGCUAAUCGUCGACAACACCACAAAACAGACAUUAGGCGAGGCUUUCUUCGGUAGUGCUACGGUCGAAGUAAAGGGGACCUACAAGUUGGAAAAGGGAAAGACAUACAACUUCAAGGUUACGUUUGGAUCAAGCCCAACGUCCAAAUUGGGAGGCGGUGCGGUUCUUCUCAACGGCGGCGCACUCAGGGUUGGUGGCUGCAAGAUUGUCGAUCCCAAAGCUGAGAUAGCGCACGCUGUCGAAUUGGCUCGGGGUGCUGAUCAAGUCAUUGUAUGCGCCGGUCUUAACGCGGAAUGGGAAACCGAAGGCAAUGACCGCACCGACAUGAGCCUCCCUCCUGGAUUAGAUGAUUUGAUCGCUGCUGUCGCGAAAGCUAAUUCUAACACCGCGGUUGUUAUGCAGUCCGGAACACCGGUAGAGAUGCCUUGGAUCAACGACGUAAAUGCUCUUAUCCACGCUUGGUACGGCGGUAACGAGACGGGAAAUACCAUUGCGGAUAUUCUCUUCGGUGAUGUGAAUCCUUCUGGAAAGCUUAGUCUUAGUUUCCCAGUCCGCGUCCAGCAUAAUCCAGCAUAUCUGAAUUACCGAACCGAAGGCGGUCGAGUAAUCUACGGCGAAGACAUCUAUAUCGGUUACCGAUACUACGAAUUUGCUGAUCGCGAGGUCUUAUUCCCUUUCGGACACGGCUUAAGCUAUACAAGCUUUGCCUUUUCAGACCUGUCGGUAACCGAGAAAGACGGGGAAUUAACUAUAUCAGUUGCCGUUAAAAAUACAGGCAGCGUAAAGGGUGCCGAGGUUGCUCAGGUCUACGUGGCGCCUAAACAGAAAGCUAAGGUAAACCGACCAGUUAAAGAACUCAAGGGUUUUGCCAAGGUAGAAUUGGCACCGGGCGAAACUAAGACAGUUUCUGUAAAGGUUGCGAAGAAAUACGCGGCCAGUUACUGGGACGAAGAACGAGAUCAAUGGUGCGUCGAGGAAGGCGAAUACGAUGUCAUUGUCAGUGACAGCAGUGAUAUUAAAGAAAGUAAAGCCGUGAAGGGUUCGUUCAAGGUGGCCGAUACAUUUUGGUGGACUGGGUUGUGA